AUGACGAAUGAGCAGAAAUACUGGGAAGAAUUGAAACAGUUCCAAGUUGACGUGCCUUCUCGUGGUUGCACAGAAACCAAGUCAAGGUACCUUUUACCUAAUUCAAGUUGUCGUAAAUUUGAUAUAGAAGCUACAGCCAAGAGAUUUGAGCAUCUGUUGUCAUUAAGUGUGUUAUUUAAGCACUUUAUUCAGAGUAAGGCUAAGAAGGACGACAGAUUUAAGCGCGUGCUAGACAUACUAGAGAAAGGUGAUGGUAAGGAUAAGAAGAAGGGCAAUGGUCUGCAUGACAAGAGAAGACGUAAGACAGAAAGGGAGGAAGAUGCUGAGCUCUUGAGGGGCGAGGAAGAAGAAGAAGAAGGCAUAGACGAUGUAGAAUUUCAGUUCACGGAAUCUCCUACUUUUGUUAACGGACAUAUGAGAGAUUAUCAGAUCCAAGGUUUGAAUUGGUUGAUAUCCUUACAUAGAAAUGGUUUGGCAGGUAUUUUAGCUGAUGAAAUGGGACUUGGUAAAACUCUACAAACCAUUUCCUUUCUUGCCUAUCUGCGAUAUGUUGAGAAAACUCCUGGUCCGUUUUUUGUUAUCGCACCUAAAUCUACCUUGAAUAAUUGGCUUAGAGAAAUUAACAGGUGGACACCCGAAGUGAGUGCUUUUAUUAUACAGGGUGACAAGCAAGAAAGGGCAGAAUUACUCCGUGACAAAUUGUUAAUGUGCGAUUUUGAUGUUGUCAUAGCGUCAUAUGAAAUUGUUAUCAGAGAGAAGGCUUCUUUCAAAAAGAUUGACUGGCAGUACAUCGUGAUUGAUGAAGCACACAGAAUUAAGAACGAAGAAUCCAUGUUAUCGCAAGUUCUUAGGGAAUUUUCUUCUCGCAACAGAUUACUUAUAACCGGUACUCCUUUGCAAAACAAUUUGCACGAAUUAUGGGCAUUGCUUAACUUCUUGCUGCCAGAUAUUUUUUCUGAUUCACAAGAUUUUGACGACUGGUUCUCAUCUGAAAGCACGGAGGAAGAUAAGGAUAAAAUUGUUAAACAAUUACACACGGUGCUUCAACCAUUUUUGUUGCGUCGUAUUAAAAACGAUGUCGAGAAAUCUCUUUUACCAAAGAAGGAGCUAAACGUCUACGUGGGUAUGUCAUCUAUGCAGAGAAAAUGGUAUAGACAAAUUUUGGAAAAAGAUAUAGAUGCUGUUAACGCAUCUAACGGUACUAGAGAGUCUAAAACACGUCUUCUUAACAUCGUAAUGCAACUAAGAAAGUGCUGCAAUCAUCCAUAUCUUUUUGAUGGGGCUGAACCAGGUCCACCAUAUACGACGGAUGAGCAUUUGGUUUAUAAUUCCGCAAAACUGAAAGUUUUGGAUCAAUUACUAAAAAAGAUGAAGGAGCAAGGCUCUCGUGUUUUGAUUUUCAGUCAAAUGUCCAGACUACUAGAUAUAUUAGAAGAUUAUUGUUUCUUCAGAGAGUAUGAGUACUGUAGAAUAGACGGAUCAACAGCUCAUGAGGAUAGAAUACAAGCAAUUGACGAGUAUAACAGUCCAGAUUCUAAAAAAUUUAUUUUUCUUUUAACAACUCGUGCAGGUGGCUUAGGUAUCAAUUUGACAACUGCAGAUGUGGUUGUAUUAUACGAUUCCGAUUGGAAUCCUCAAGCAGAUUUGCAAGCUAUGGAUAGAGCCCAUCGUAUCGGUCAAAAAAAGCAGGUUAAAGUUUUCAGGUUCGUCACAGAUAAUUCUGUCGAGGAGAAAAUUUUGGAAAGAGCCACACAAAAGUUACGGCUGGAUCAGUUAGUUAUACAACAAAAUCGAAUCUCCUCUCAGAAAAGUAAAAAGGAAAACAAAGCUGAUUCAAAAGAUGCUUUGCUAUCUAUGAUUCAACACGGGGCUGCCGAUGUUUUCCAAAGUGCGUCUGGAAGCUCAAGAAAUACUCCACAACCUGAAGACGAAGCGGCACAGGAGAUUGAUUUAGAUGCGCUUCUCGCGAAAUCACAGGAUAAGACACAGUCAUUGAGUAAGAAAUACUCAGCAUUAGGCUUGGAUGAUUUACAAAAGUUCAAUCAAGACUCCGCAUAUGAGUGGAAUGGGCAAGAUUUCAAAAAGAAAACACAGAAAGAUAUCAUUAGUCCUAUUUGGACUAAUCCUACCAAACGUGAACGUAAAGAAAACUAUUCGGUCGAUGGCUACUAUAAAGAUGUUUUACAAACGGGAAGAGCAUCGACACCUAAUCACCCCAGGAUGCCAAGACCUAGACCAUUCUAUUCGCACCAGUUACAAUCACCACAACUAAAAGCCUUAUACGAAAAGGAACGCAUGUGGAAUACAAAAAAGUCAGGUUACGUCCCAACACAAGAAGACGUCAAGACCACCUACGGUAAUAUAAUUGACGAAGAAGAGAAGAAGCAAAAGCUAGAAAUAUUGAAGAUAUCAGUUGCAAAUGCACAACCCCUAACAGAGGAAGAGGAAAAUCAAAAAAGUGAGUGGGAAAAAGAAGGAUUCCCUAAUUGGAGUAAGACAGAUUUUAGAAAAUUCAUCUCAGCUUCAGGAAAAUAUGGCAGGAAUUCUAUUCAAGCUAUCACAUUAGAUUUAGCUCCUAAAACAUACGAUGAAGUACGUGAAUACGCGAAGUCAUUUUGGGCGUAUAUUGAAAGAGUGGAAGAUUAUGAGAAACACCUCAAGUAUAUUGAAACGGAGGAGGAAAAAAUCAAAAGAGUUAAGCAACAGCAAGAGGCACUUCGUCGUAAAAUUUCGCAAUAUGCAAAUCCCUUCAUUGAUCUCAAAUUGAACCACCCUCCUUCUACAAACAACAAGAGAACCUUUUCAGAAGAAGAAGACAGAUUCAUACUGAUAUUGCUGUUUAAGUAUGGCCUUGACAGGGAUGACGUUUAUGAGUUGAUUCGUGAUGAAAUUAGAUCCUGUCCGCUAUUUGAAUUAGAUUUUUUUUUCCAAAGCAGGACACCAGUCGAACUUGCAAGAAGAGCCAGCACUUUGUUGCAAUGUUUAGAGAAAGAGUUCAACGAUGGUCUAGUUCUUGAAGAUGUGAAAGAUCGUCUGAAGCAGGAAGAUGAAAGCGGCAAGCGCAUGAGAGAAGAAAUGGAGGUAGAGGAACAACAAGCAAAGGAAGAACAGCAAAUUAAAGCGGUGGAACCAACAACUGAUAUGGAGCCAACAACUGAUUUGGAGCCAGUAAAUAUGGCGACAAAAAAGAUAAAAUCCGAAUAA